AUGCCUCUGCUGUUCCAACCGAGACCAAGUACUCAUUUUCUCCAGACAUCUACAGUCGUCACCUCGUUGACUGCUGCGGUUCUUCUCUAUACCCGCUCUGCAGGUGUCGCAUACUUUGUCACUGGUGCCGUCUUGUGUUCAGGGCUUGCCAAGACCAUCAAGAUCGCAAUACGCCAGGAGCGCCCAUCACAGCACUCCGCACGCAAUGUAACCUAUGGGAUGCCUAGUUCACAUGCAUCCACAUGCACCUUCUUCGCUACAUAUAUUACUAUCGCUUGCCUCCAGUUACCUCUCCAUCCUACCUUUCCCACUUUCGCCGCCCUCGCUCCAGUAGUCGUCUUACCAUGGACAUUCUUCAUAGUUGUCUCAAGGGUCUGGUUGCGCCAUCACACAUGGCCGCAGGUUGCGGCAGGAACCGCCUUUGGAGCCUGCUGUGCUAGCGUUUGGUUUAAACUGUGGAUGGACGAUGUGGCCGACGUGAAGACAACUGUAUGGGAAGUCGAGGCAGUGGUACAAUCCUGGCUUGCCUAA